AUGCCCAGGAAUCCGAACCCAGGGGAUACUGGGGACUCAGGGAACGACCCGGGGAACUACGACUAUCCUCCUGCCUCGUCCCGCCGACCCUCCCGUCUCAAUGCUCCGCUCAGUGGCCCGGUCACUGAACAAUCGUUCCGUGAACGCUUCCCGAACACCCAACAACUGAUCGACAGUUUAGCUGCUCAGCAUAACCGGCUGGCUUCAGAAACGAACUUGCCGCCCUGGGACCAGUUUGUAAUAGAGACCCUGGGAAAUGGAGAAACUACCGCGUCGCUGAGCCAGUUGCUUGGAAUACCGGACAAUCAUUUGGACCAGAGCAACGAAGCCCUUCGCGAGAGCCAGCGGUCCACCGCCAUCCUUGCUAGAACAACUACUAGAGAUCGUCUACAUUAUCUGCGAAGUCUGCUUUCCUCCGAAAGUAACCGCUCGAACGCUGAUGAUACCAUCCGUGCUCUGGAAACUCUAAACCAGGAAAUUGAAGACCACCAUCUCGACCAGAUCCGCGAUCGCACGGCAACGGCCAGUCCUUUCCACAUCCCGCGACCACCUCAGAUACCACCGAACUCACUGAGAACGAGUAACAGAGCUUUGUGGGAUCAAGUGCGGGCCGAGUUUGGAACCGCCGCCCAAAGUCCUGCCCGCACAAACGCCUCUCAAGACCAACCCCGCCCGACAACAAGCAGCAGAAGUCUUCGUCGUCGCUCUUUCCGACCAGACCUGCGAGGCAUCAGCACCCUCAACGAACCGAUUCCCACCCCCUCUGUCAUGCCGCAGCCGGCCUCCGCUCAGUCGGGCCGCGAUGGCCGAGGGAGGUUGAAGCGGCGGAAGCUUGAGUCGGACGAUAACCGAGAGGGUCUGCGGGGAUUCAACUACGGCCAAUAUGGCCAAGUAGUUCCUGGAGCUUUGAAAAUGGAAAUUGCUAGCUGUGAUGGAGGCACCUUCGACCCCGACGGCGACAGCUCGUUCCCAGAGAAUGUCCUUCGAAAUGAUCAGUCGGUGUAUUGUACUAAGUCCGAUCGCUGCAACCUGGUUCUACAGCACCGAGGCGAGGCACCUUUUUGUCUGAAGAAGAUUGUUAUCAAAGCUCCGCGGACAGGAUUUGAUUCACCAAUCCAAGAAGGAAUGGUGUUUGUGUCCAUGACAUCAGAUGAAUUGCUUGCUCGCACCGCCCAAUACCAAAUUCAGUACUCCAGUACCCGUCGCCGCCGUCGCAAUCGCCGACUGGGCCUUCAGCCUUCUCAAGAGUACCUGACCGCUUUUCGAUCUCCUCUGCAGUCCCUGGAGCGCACCGUGCUCAUGGGACCCGACUCGCAUGCUGCGUCUGACGAAGCUACCGAGCGAAAUGCGAACGACCCACAGACCGAGUUCCGCAUCACCACCGAGUACGAUGAACACUCCGAGGACAGCCUCUUUAUGGAGCACGAAGAUGAUGAUGCCCCCUCUGUCGCUGAACUCGAACGGUUGCAAGAGGAGGACGACCUGCUCUGCUCGGAUAGCGACGACAGUGCUAGUGAUGAUGAGGACCUUGACGACACCACCAUGAGUGGCGUUCACCGACGCCGCCUUGAGCUGCAGCGCCUUGGAUCCAUGCAAAGACGCCGCCCCGCUAGUCUUGUCGACCCACUUCCUCCUCCUUCAUCUGCCCCUCCCGGGUCCCACGCGCCCCCUCCCAAUGUCGAGGUGUUGAAGCCCCAUGCCCGAUUCUUCAUCGAGCGAGAGAAGAGUAUGGUCAGCAUCAAGUUUGACCCGCCUCCUUCUGGACGGUUCAUUCUCAUCAAGCUGUGGAGUCCGCGGAGUGAUGGCAACAUUGAUAUCCAGAGUGUCAUUGCCCAUGGAUAUGCGGGACCGCGGUUCUUCCCGAGUGGUGGAUUCCGAUGA